AAAACUAAAAUCAGUAAGUUUCAACUAGUGGAGCUAGUGAUACGUCAAUUAAGUCUUAUCUGUUGUCAACAUGAAGAUCAUUCUCUGCUUAGCUCUGGUAGUUGCGUCUCACGCUCUACCCAAAGCAGAUGUCUACCCUCCACAUUUGACCCCCUUUCGUGUCAGCACGCCCAUGGACCAACUCCAAACCUUUAUAAGACCAGUGCAGACGCUGCCUACCAAAGUACACGACGUGAGUCUAGAAGACACCAUUCCAGAGUCUUUCGAUGCUCGUGAGCAAUGGCCCGACUGUCCAUCCAUUGGAGAAAUCAGCGAUACAGGGAAUUGUUGGGCUCCUUGGGCUCUUUCGGCCGUCUCAGUUAUGUCUGACAGGUUCUGUAUCCACUCUAAAGGCGAAAAGAAAAUAAAAGUCUCAGCGGAGGAUUUAUUAGGUUGCUGUCAGGAUUGCAGCCUCGGCUGCCUUGGAGGAUACCCGGACACUGCCUGGGAUCACUGGGUUAAAAAUGGCAUUGUCACCGGUGGAGGAUACGGAGACACAGAUGGCUGCAAAGCCUAUGCUUAUGAAUCUUGUAACCACUACGUCGAAGGUUCUGAAAAAGCAACUUGCGAAGUUUUAGAAGACCAACCAACUUGCGUCAAACAGUGUGACUCUAGUUCAUUUAAUUACGAAAAUGAGCUUACCUUUGGUAAGAACGGCAGCGCUUACGCACUUAGUCUUGAAGAUGCUCAAAUACAACUGGAAAUUAUGACAAAUGGGCCGGUGCAAGCGGAAAUCGUAUUGUACCGUGACUUUUACGACUACAAAAGUGGUGUUUAUCAACCAGCAGCAGACACAUUUCCUAUAGUACUUCAUUUUGUCAAAGUGAUAGGCUGGGGUGUGGAAAACGGCACUCCUUACUGGCUAGGAGCUAACUCCUUUAACACUGAGUGGGGCGACAAAGGAUUCUUCAAGAUUAGUCGUGAAGUCAAAUCUAUUCGAUUGCUUGCGAUUUUCGGCGGAUUGCCGGAAUUGUAAAUAUGUAGAAGUUACCUUCUAAUUGGAAUGGCAUGUAAUAAUAUAUUAAAUGCGUUAGCAAAUC